GGAAUGCCUACUUCUUCCCAAUUCAGUUGAGUGUACUCCGUAGACCGCACGCAUCAAACAUCGUGUCCAGGGCGUACGCAGAAUCUUACCGUCUCAUUUGCCUCCAAUUCGUGUUCUCAAGAUGGAAUCCUCUGAUGACAAAGAAUGGGCCUCAAAAUACCUCCUAGACCCUCUGAAUGCGCCUGAACCUUCCCAGGAAGACGGUCCUGGUAACGCUUUCCGUGGCGGUCCUUCUGUCGUCCCAGCCAAGGCACCCACUCCAGGCAGAACAUACUCGGGAAGGAGGCUGUCAAAGAACAAUCCUUACCGCAAAACAUCCAUGUCCGACAUCAACGCAACUGAGGUCAAACGGAGUGUUUCUCUGCACAGCAAUAGCAAUGCCCGGAAAUAUCCUUCUUCUCCUCCCUCUUCCUAUCCGUCUCCGCCGCCAUCCGCGAACACCCCAACCGGGACUUUCUCAUCUCAGUCUCCUCGGUCUCCUAGCCACAGACAAGAAGCAUUUGGGGAGCCCAAGUCGGGUCGUAGAAGAGGCAGCUCGUUGACUGAGCGCUUCCCUGGCGAUAUGUCGCACCGGCCAUUGGAUACAUUGGCAAAACAGAAGCAUGUUGCGGACCGUUCCAGGCACGUCACCAGAAAGCAUCAUAUCCAGCCGGACACGAUUGAUAGUCUGGACAACAGCGGUGGAGCUGCAUGGCACCACGGAGGUCCUUAUGACGCCACAUUGUUCGCCAGGAACAAUUCUGUCAACUCACCAGUGGCAGCACUAUCCCAAUCUAACGCUGAAGCCUUGAAAGCGACGCCCAAGGAGAAGAUCAUCGAUAGUGUUGUUCGUCACCGACCUCUGGAUGGAGUUGCAACCUACGCACCUGGAAAUACCGAUCGCAUGGGUAAUGUGUACAAUUACGAGGAAGGCGACAAUAUGAUGAUCGAGGCCGGACCCGAAGGUGGAGCCUACAAGCGCUGGCCUGGUGUCCAAUAUCUCCCCGAGGAUAUCAAGGGCAAAGGAGAGCCUAGUUACAGUAUUGAGAAGGCUCUCAAAGGCCACCAUAUCCACGACGGAAAGGUUGGAGCCGAUGGAAUCGAGAUGGAGACGAAGAGCUCCCGCAACCGAAGCUCAUCCGGUGCAUUGCCCCCAAGCAGCUGGGACGAUGGCGAAGGUCAAUUGGGUCGAAGUGGCAGUUUCAAGAGGCUAAGUGGAGGUCUGAAGAAAAGAUUCGGAAGCAUCAAGAAGAGAUCACCCGAGUAAAGCUAUAUAGAUUUACUGUGUUGACAUGAUUUGGACAAUUGGGUGGGCAUAUACUUGCUUUUGUGGUUUCCUGGGUACUUAUGCGCUUUGGGUACGUACACAACAGGGAGGUUCAGAGCACAUCCUGAGGUUGUUCCACGAUUGGCAUCGUGUGGCGUCGCAACCUUUUCGCACCAUUUAUAUACGCACCUCCAAAAAUAUUGAUAGGCUUUUCUCCGGACUCAGAAUCCCAGUGGUUAGGCGCACUAAAAGUACCUCAGGUCCAUCUUCGAUAUCACUCAUCUAUCUAUCCGCAACUAUUCUCCGGUUCAG